AUGGCGAUUGGGGGCUUGGCGAGGGCGCUGUUGCGGCGGCGGGCGACGGGAUUGGCGGUGGCCAAGCGAUUCCAGGCAGGAUAUUGCAAUGCGGCUGCUCAGGGCAAAGGAUUUACGGCCCCUCCUCCUGAAGGCGCUCCAUCUCCCCAGGGCCAGGGAUUUCCUCCUCCUCAAGGCCAGGGAAAUUUUUCUUCUCAGGGACAGGGUUUCGAUCAAGGUGGCCAGGGCUUUGCGCCCCAGGGAGGAGAGGAUUACGCCGAAGCGGAGGACUUCACCGAUCCAAGCAACACUUCCUACGAAGAUUACUCUCCCGGAGGACCGAUCUACGACGCCGAGUACUCGUCUCCUCCUCCCUAUCAAUCCCAGCAGGAGCAGCAGCAGCAAGAGUACUACGUUCCUCCGCCGCCGCCACCGCCGCCACCGCCCAAGCCCAGAUUUGACAACAAGAAUGUGCCCAUCACUCUGGUAAGCUUGGGUCGCGCGAUGCAGCUCAAAUUCCAGAACCAGAAGGAGUUCGAGAGCAUGCUUGACAAGGCAAGUGCGUUUGGAGUGAUGCUUCCGGACGAGCCGGGGAACAUCACCCGCGAGCUCGCGGAGUUGGAUCCCAAGAAGGUGUACGCGGUGGUGGACAUGAAGGCGGUGCUCAAGAGCACGAAGAGGCUAGCGGAGGAGGAGGCGGAGCGCAGCGGCUACCCCAAGGAUUUCAUGCGGAUGAGGAACAAGUAUGGUAAGUAUGAUUCCGACGAUGAUUGA